CUUGGUGUCCGUCUGAUGUCGCUGUUCGUUUCUCAAAGUUGUCGGGCCGCAAAUCUCGUACAAAACCGUGAGAUUUCAUAUUCCCGUUCCUCUUUCAACUCUCCUCCAAGAUGCCUACCAAGAAGACCAAGACCAGGAAGCUCCGAGGGCACGUCAGCCACGGACAUGGUCGUAUCGGCAAGCACAGGAAGCAUCCUGGAGGUCGUGGUAAUGCUGGUGGCAUGCAUCACCACAGAAUUAACUUCGACAAAUACCACCCCUGGGUACUUUGGUAAGGUGGGCAUGCGACACUACCAUCUCAAGAGGAACACAGUGCACUGCCCCACUGUCAACCUGGACAAACUGUGGACGCUGGUGAGCGAGCAGACCAGACUGAACUACGCCAAGAAGCCCGAAGGCCCUGCACCCAUCAUUGAUGCCGUGCGUGCUGGCUACUUCAAAGUGCUGGGCAAAGGGAAGCUGCCCAAGCAGCCCGUGAUCGUCAAGGCAAAGUUCUUCAGCCGACGGGCAGAGGAGAAGAUCAAGGCAGUGGGAGGAGCCUGCGUGCUAAUGGCAUAAGCUCCUGUCAAUGUUUUUUGCAAGAAUAAACUGUAUAAAUUGGA